UCCCACUCACCUCUUUUUACCUUCUUUACAUCCUUCCUCCAUCUCUCCUUUCUGUUUCUCCCUCAUCAAAUCCAUAUCUUCAUAUCAAAGAACAGCCCAUUUCUGUAGUGGAUCCAUGACGCUUGGCUCAGGAGGAUCCAGUAUCGUCGUGCCUCGAAACUUCAGAUUGCUGGAGGAGCUUGAACGUGGAGAAAAGGGUAUUGGAGAUGGCACCGUGAGUUAUGGAAUGGACGAUGGUGAUGAUAUUUACAUGCGAUCUUGGACAGGCACCAUCAUUGGCCCUCACAACUCUGUACACGAAGGGCGUAUCUACCAGUUGAAGCUAUUUUGCGACAAAGAUUACCCGGAGAAGCCUCCUAGUGUGCGCUUCCAUUCUCGGGUUAACAUAACUUGCGUUAACCAUGAAACCGGAGUGGUUGAAGCAAAGAAGUUUGGGAUAUUGGGGAACUGGCAAAGAGAGUACACGAUGGAAGAUAUACUGAUACGGUUGAAGAAAGAGAUGGUGUCUCCCCAUAAUCGCAAGCUCGUUCAACCCCCGGAAGGUACUUAUUUCUAAUCGGUCGAUGACGGUUUAAAAAACCAAUGAAGGAUGUGAAGCCAUGAAGGUUUGGUGGUAUAAUGGGACUUUACCCAUCAUGUUGGUGUCAAAUGUUUAAUAUAUGUAUCAUUUUGGUUUGUUGUGUAAGAAUAUGUGAAACGUUCACAGAUUAUUUUUUUUAAAAGCUCGUGAAGAAAUGAAAAGGAAGAUUCCAACGUA